AUGGUCCCGAAAGAUUUGCUACAUGAGGGGGUGAUGGAAAGCAUAAUCUCGCUACCUGGAUUUUCGGCUCGCUACUUUCCCUUUUGCGCUCAACACCAGAUCCUACAGGUCAUACAGCGACAACUCGAAACUCAUGCCUUCUGCUUCCUUCAGCGUUGGCUUCCAUCGGAGUCUCUCGCAGCCGGAUGGACUUGCCCAGAGGCCUUAGAGUUGCACAAAUUCUUUCGUCUCUUGGAAGUCCAUCAAGGAAAAGUCAAGGACGAAUGUUUUCAGUUGACCUGGAGCACGUUGACAGGAUGGCGUCGCGUGAUUAGUAGCAUUCGCCACGCAGCUGUGCACCGCAUUCCACACGAUCGGAAACCAUUCCUUAAGAUGGUUCGCGCCGCCAUCAAAUUUUCGAAAUGCAUCGCUGGCUUCAAAGGCUCCAAAAGACUUUGUCGCAUUCAAAAGUUCGUGAAGACAUCGGUUUCAGAGUUCGACCAGCUGACAGCCCAGCUAAAACACAAUGCCCGCUUACAAAUUUCUUUGGGUGAAGUCCACCCCGAUCAUUUAGCCCGGCGGUUGAUUUUGCUUCCGGAAGCUGUCAGGAGAGUGCUUCAGAGCGUUGAAGACG